CGGACGCUUCCGUCACUGCCCGCUGUCGGCGGCACGAUGUCGGCCCAAGCGAGGAGCUACAACCCCUUCGCCGAGGAUGACGAGGAGGAGGAGGUGUCGUCGUGGUCGGCGAGGGGCAGCGGUGAGGCGGGUGUCGGCGAUCGGCAGCGGUACCUGCAACAGGAGGUGCUGCGUCGCUCCGCCGCUACCGUCGACAGCACCACCCGCUCCCUCUCGCUCCUCUACGAGUCCGAGCAGAUCGGCGUGGCCGCCUCGGAGGAGCUGGUUCGUCAAGGAGAGGCACUGAAGCGCACAGAACAGAUGGUAGAUAAAAUGGAGCAGGACUUGAAGACUAGUCAGAGGCACAUAAAUAGCAUUAAGAGUGUUUGGGGGGGCUUAGUAAACUACUUCAAAGCCAAACCUCCAGAGACCAAGUUAGAACAGAAUGGAAGCCCUGAAUAUUCUGCUAACAGCAGAUUAAAAGAAGCAAUGCUGUCUAGUAAAGAACAAGAGUCAAAAUACCAGGAAAGCCAUCCCAAUUUAAGGAAGCUGGAUAAUUCAGACAAUGAUUUUGGCAAAGCAGAUUUAGGUUCCUCAGUGCAGAGGGAUUCCUACCUGAAGAACCAACAUCUGCGAGCUUACCACCAGAAAAUUGAUAACAACUUAGAGGAGAUGUCUUCUGGACUGAGUCGUCUGAAAAACCUGGCUCUUGGUCUGCAGACAGAACUAGACGAGCAGGAUGAUGUGCUGGAUCGGCUGACCAGGAAAGUAGAGACACUGGAUGUCAACAUUAAAAGCACUGAUAAAAAAGUCCGACAGCUUUAGAGGAUUUGCAGACAUCCUCUUGUCCAGCCUCAGUUCUCAGAGGUCUUCUCUCAACCAAGUCCGUUUAAAAAGUCAUGGACAGUAUUACUGCUUUUUUUUUUUUUCCUCUGAAAUGUUAUUGACUUUAUUGUCAUUAAAAUGCAUAACCCUAGGCACAGCAUAACACCUUCAACUUCUUCUAACGUACAGUGAGUAAAAGCUGCCAGCACCUGGCAACUGCUGUGGUGCUGGAAGCCCUGUGCUCAGCUGUGUAACUGUGGGGCACAUGCAGGGAGGAAUUUGUGAUCUACAGAGCUUCAAUGUCCUUGAUUAGAAAAGCAACCACAUUUUUACCUCUGUUUUGAGGAGGGGGCAGGGGGAACGGAAUGUACUGCUAAUUGUGUUUACCUGCAGAUAUUUUAAAUGCUGAAGAAAUGCUGAUUUCCAGCUGUAAACAUCAUAUGGAGUGAGCAUUCUCUGGUGUCUCUGGAGCUAUAAAACACCAAGGGUGUCAUGCAAUAAUGAUAAUACCCUGUGCAUGUUCCUUUUCCUCAGAUGAUUUUAAGCCAAAUGGUUGAGCCACAAAUUGUGGGUUUUAUGUGUGGGUCACUAAGUGCUAUUGCCUUUACAGUACUCACUAAAGAGCUCAAUGUCUGCAAGAAAAUAUUGACUGACAGUGACCCAAAAAAUUGGGGUAACAAACCCAGGACUUAAAUGUCUCUGCUCUUAAAGAUUCUUUUGUGGAAAUUGUCACCAUCUUUUUUAUUUUCUACCCCUUCUUGGCUUGUUCACUUAAGUGGCCAAACAGACCAUAGUAGAUUGGGGUUUAUUUUAACAUUUACUUCCAAAGUGACUGAGGGUUAAGCAGAUGCUGUGUUGGCCUAGGUGGCUGCUUUUAAGCCACUCAACUGUGUGUGGUUCACACACUUUUGCUUUAGCUCAAGGGGUAUGGAAAAAUUCCUGCAAAUAAAGAAAAGCUCCAAAUGGGUUUGGAGGUUCCCAGAUAGAAACUGAGCCUUCUGAUUAGUUUUAUUCUUCUGUAAGUAUCUCUGCAGAACAAAAUCAUUACAACUCUGCUCCAGCCUAACAAGAGAACAAUGAGAACUUGGGGUCUGCCUUGAAGUUCUUUUGGUUUGGAGAGGCUGAGGGAGCUGUGUCAGUACUGCAACACUCCCUAUCCCAAAUGGCAAUGAGUGGCUGGGAGGAGAUCCUUGGUUUUUUAAGCUGGUGCCACAUUAUCUUAUGAGUUAAAUGAAUACCUUAGUGUUUAGGGCUGUCAAGCUUGUAUCCUUCAUUCACACCCUCUGCUUUUUCUCUUUUUUUUCAAGGGAUUUGUUACCUCCAGCUCACUUGCUACAAAGCACACCCACUUGUUGAGGAGAUAAAAGUUGAGCCUUUUCUGUUUUACUGUGUCUGCUGAAAAUUCACAUGGAGAGGAAGAAAUCACUGCUUGGACAUAGAGUUACAGGAAAAAAAUAUUCCUGGAAUUUCUAGCAAGGUAGAAAUGUGAAUUAGAUUUUAUUAAGAGCCUUUAUUUGCUUUUUAAUUUUCACUUUGUGUCAUUUCCCACUCAUUUGGAGCCAUAAAAAACCCUUAUCCAUGUAUCAUCUAACUUUUUGAGUGUAGCCCAUGAUUAAUUCUCUCUUUAUCUCAUAGAAUUUUUAUGAAUUACAGGAUUUGAUGUCACCAGAUGAUUGAUAUUUCUUUAGUAAAUGAUAAAAUCAUCAGCGUUCAAAAUGUUAACUACCUUAGUGAAGGAAAACUGGAAUUUUGAUAUGCUUGGUUUAGUUUCUUAGUUGUCUUUCUGCUUUUAUGAAAAAGUUUUGUGUUUUCCUUAAGGCCAGUGCUGGUAAAGGCUUGCACCUUAGAAAGGAUACAGAAAUUCUCUCCACAACAGAGAACAUCAAAAAACUGCAAAGUAAUUAACUACACUUCUUCAGUGUGAAAUCUGUCUUCACCUGUAUGCAACUAUUUCACAACUACAUUUUUUCCAAGUUAAAACUUUGGAUGAAUGCUGAGGCUUUCUCCAUGAAGUUAGGCCAGCAGAGGGAAAAUGCAGCUGGAGGAUCUAGCUGUGUUAUGUGUAAUAAGUGUGGAACUUGAAUCCAAGCAAAAAAUGAGUUGUGUAGUGUGCUGCCUCUCUGAUGGAAGCUAUUCCAUUGCUUCAACCUCCAUGUUUUCACAAGACAAACUCAACAUUUUGGUCAAUUGUUUGGUUUUAUCAGCCUUAUGAAAUGUGUACUGCAUCCUGAAUAUCUCUGAUGCCUUUAAAAACACAAGCAGGGAAGGGGAAUUUAAAAAAAAACUAAAAAGCUCUAUUUCUGCUUUGAGAAUCUUGUGAUCCAAGCAGCCCAGAAAAGCAGGAUCUCAGCCAGUGAAAUCAGUGGAAAUCAGACAGAGGUCUAACUUCCCCUCUCUCCUGAGAGUCCCAGUCACUGUCUCAGUGAUGUAUGUCUGUCCUUGUGCCUUCCUGUUCUAAUAUAUCUGAGGGCUGGGUGUCAGGAGGGAGGGUCCAGGCUCUGCUCAGUUGCACCCUGGGACAUGACAAGGGGCAAUGGAUAUAAACUACAGCACAGGAGGUUCCACCUCAACAUGAAGAUAAACUUCUUCACUGUGAGGGUGACAGAGCACUGGAACAGGUUCCCCAGAGACGUUGUGGAGUCUCCUCCUCUGGAGACUUUCAAGACUCAUCUGGAUGCAUUCCUGUGCUGGAUUCUAUGGUCCUGUUCUGGCAGGGGCAGGUUGGACUUGAUGAUCUUUGGCAGUCCCUUCCAACUCCUAACAUCCUGUGAUGCUGUGAUUUUUGGUUUGAGUUUAUUGAGGUUUUUUUUAAUGGCCUUGUUUUAAAGGAUUAUUUCCCACCCUGGAUUUCUUUUGUGGGGAAUAAAAGUUUGUGCAUAAUUGAGUUUCUGCUACCAACUGAAUUCCCUUUCAGCUUUCAUACAGAUGCUUUAUGCUGAUAAAGAACCUGAGUCUAAGUAACAUGAGACAAAGCUCUUUUGUAACAGUGAUGCAUUUUUGUGCUUCCUGCAAAGGCGAAAUUUAAAGGAAGAAAACCCUACAUCAUUUUGCAUGUCUUAUGACGGACUUACUUCAGUAGCUUUUCUUACUGCUUCCUCAGAUCAGAGUUUUAUUUCUUGGAUAACACUGAAAAAAACCUGUGUAAGGUAUAGGAAUUUCAGAAGAAACUGAAAUUGCAUUCAAAUGCUAGCUUGAAGUUAAAAGUUUCUGCCUAAAUACACAUGUUGGCAUAGAAAUCAGUGUCCUUGCAGGAAAAUAGCACUGCUUAAGUUUAUUCUUACUGGCUUGAGUAAAAGUUUAAUGUUAGGGUCAGAAGAAGAUAGUAACAAAAAAAAAAUUAAAAUUUUUAAGUCUUCUUGAUAAGAGACUUCAAAGUCUUCUUUAGAAAAGAUUUUUCUCGCAUCUCAAAAAAUUUGCUAAUAACUUUUGAAGUUGGGAAGUAGCAGAUCCCUUAGAACAGAUAUAAAACAUACUCUGAAAACAGCAAGGAAAAAAACCCCAAACAAAUGGGAAGGACCAGUGUCUGACUAGCAGAUUCCUAGGUGUAUUUGAUUUUUACAUCUCCUGAGCACUGAAUUAAAUAUUGUACUGAAUGUCAUGUAGCUGAAUUUUAUGAUGCACUAUGAAGAUUUUGUUGCUGUGCUGAACUCUCACUUGGGACACUGGAUGGUGUCCAGGUUGGCUUUCAUGUGUGAAAUUCAUCUGCAGUAUUUUGCUACCUGGUAGGUUUUGUGCAGUGAUGUCGUUUGUUAAAUGGUGAAAGAGGAAAUACUUCCCAACCACUCUGCCUUCUGAACAAACUGAUUUUUUGGUAGGCAUUUUUACAAGCAUAAUAUCAUAUCAAAGAGAUGUGUUCAUUUUGACUUGGAAAUACAUGGGGCUUGAGUUCCAGAAUCACAGGCAGGGAUUAUUUGUGUCUAUGCCUUUUUUUAAAUAGUAUGUUAAUUCUGUGCCACUUUUUAUAUAAGACAAACUGAAAGAGCUUUUUCUUUUACUGAAACACUAAAGUGGACUGCAGUUCACCAGCUUAGGAGAUUGAACACAAUGAGUGUUGAAUGGUAAGAUGAUCUAUA